AUGCAGUUCAUCAUUAGUAAUUGGAAGUCACGUGUGGGAGGACCAGUUGAUGCGAGCGCAUUCCUCAAAUCGUUGCGAUCAUCACGCUCACCUGCGAAGGAAAAGGAAGUACUAAUUGAUUUAUUUGAUGACUGGGACGUUCUCACAAACACUUGGUUUGAGGUUGCCGACUGCGCCAGUUUUAGUGAAGAACUAGCUGAAGAUAAGUCGUUUCCUGCUCGACAGAAAGCCGUAUUAUUGGCUUCCAAGGUCGCGUUCUGCUUGGAGGACUACGAGAAUGCCCUAAACUUCGCCUUAGCUGCUGACACCCAUUUCAAACUUACUCCUAGGCCAAAGUCAAAAACUGUUGGGGGGAAAAGGAUGAUGAGUGAUUCUACCAACCUUCUUAAUUGGGAAGUUAAAGUACAACUUUGGGGUUCUCGUACCCUGACUCCGGCAAUGCGAUCGGCAACGUACACGUCCAGGACGUUCUGCCCCUUCAAAUCCUUGGUAUAUUCCUCUCUAUCAUCAGCGUCGCAGGUAACAUCAGCGCAUCCCAAUCGAGAUAACUUGGAUUGGAUAAGCAAAGCUACAAACUGGAAUAAGUUUAACGCAGUGGCUACACUGGGUCUUAUCCACAAGGGUCACGAGUCAGCAGCUAUGAAACUUUUGGAGCCAUACUUGCCCAAAUCUGAGGCCGAUCAGUUCGGAUUCAAGGAAGGUGGUUCAUUGUUCGCUCUUGGUGAGUAUAUUCAAAGGGCAGCGACCAGAGACUUGCGAAUCCCCAGAAUGGUCGCUGCAGCAGCAGACAAUUGUCCUAACGAAAAUCAGAUGAUGGCAGCAGCAUUACAUGACAAUAUGAAGCCGUCCGAGCUUGCAAGGCUUUGCAAAGAGACGGUAAAGGAAGACCUCAAAGAGAGAAGAGCAGAUGUGCUGGCUGAAGCUGCAGAGGAGGGGAAAAGCAUCCGCUAUGCCCGUGAAGACUUCGCCAGUCGCAAGACGAAGAUGACUGCUCUCCGGAACCCGAAGGGAACAACCAUUGAAUCGAAAAGGGGAAUGGAGAAAAUCAUCAACGACUUCUACUCUGAUCUCUGGCAAGGACAGCCAUGCGAGCAAGCAGGGUUUCGAAAAGGAUUCAGCACGAUUGACCACACUCACACUGUUUCGAAACUCAUCGAGGUAUCACGAGAGUACAAGAUGCCGCUCUGUCUCACCUUCAUCGACUUGAAAAAGGCCUUUGACUCAGUUGAGACGGAAGUGGUCGUGGAAGCCUUGGACAAAUAA